AUGGUAAUGAUGCGCCACGUGCUGUGUAUCCUCGCUCUCCUGCUCUCAUGUGCGUGUGUGCACGUCCUCGCUGAAGAAGUGCCUGCCGCCGAUCUUUCCGACCAACUCCCUGAUACGGGGAGUGAGAGUGAAAGUGGUGAUGGUAAUGGCGAUCGUAAUUGCACUAAUGGUCCUCCUAGUGAUGAUAAGUCUUCUUGUCAAAAGGUACAGGCUCCUGGUGGAAAUGAAUGCCCUGCUGAUCCUAAAGCUACUAAAGAAAAAUGUCCUCAAAUUACUACUACAACUGGACCUGGUGACGGUAGAGGAGCGUCAGGUGAAAGAGGAAAAGGAACGGAAGGAGACCGGACGCCGGGUAGCAAGAACGUUUUGGCACCGGAAACAUCUCUUCACUCUUCUGAGGCUGAACAUGUGGGAGGAGCUCCUGCGAAGCCGGGGUCAUCGUUAAAGGAUCCACUUGAGGGAAAGUCACCGCAAGAAGUUGAUGGACAUGAUUCGGAAGGUACCAAAGGUGAUCCUGGUAGUGGUACUCUUGUUGAAAAAGAAGAAUCGAGUGCAUCUUCUGCUGCAGCUUCAUCUGCUAGGGUGAGUGGUAAUGUUGAACCUGGAGGUGCACGUCAUACAGAAAGUAAUGCCAACAGCACAAGAGAAGGAACCGAAGCAACAGACGAGCAGGGUGGCGCACAAAAGUCUUCUUCUUCAAACAAUUCAGAUACAACGGGUACCGAUAAUUCGGAUACUGCAAACACUGGGAGUGGCAGUACACCUGAAGGGAGUGAGUCAGCAAGUAACCCAGCUAAUGGGGAAUCAACUACAACCACCACCACCACCACCACUACAACUACAACAACACUUCCUCCUGAACUCACAAACAACAAAAAGGGUGAUGCAGACAGCAGCAGCAGUAUCAGCAGUUCUGUGUGGGUGCGUGUGCCACUACUGAUUGUGGUUACACUGGCCUGUAUUCUUGUGUGCUGA